AGACUUGUGGGUUAUUAUUGUUUCGAAAAAUCCCCGUGAAGAACCAGAGCUGAAACCCAAUAUUAAAUAUGUCGCCAAUAUGCAUGGCAAUGAGGCGGUAGGAAGAGAAUUGAUGCUGCAUCUUAUUGUUUAUCUCGUCAAGAAUUACCACACUGAUGACUACGUCCGUUGGCUUCUAGAUAACACAAGGAUUCACAUCAUGCCAACCAUGAAUCCAGACGGUUUCGAAGUCGCGAAAGAAAAUCAAUGUUCAGGAGGUCAAGGAAGAUACAACGCUCGAGGGUUUGACCUUAAUCGGAAUUUCCCCGACUACUUCAAGGCCAAUGACGUAAAACAACAGCCUGAGACCAAAGCUGUUCGAGAGUGGAUUGAACAAAUUCAGUUUGUUUUAUCGGGAAAUAUCCACGGGGGCGCGCUAGUUGCAAGCUACCCGUUUGACAAUACUCCUAAUUCAGUUUUCAAGUCAUACAGUAGUCCCUCUAUCACACCCGAUGAUGACGUGUUUCGCCAUCUAGCGGCAGUAUACUCAUUUAAUCAUCAUAAUAUGCACUUAGGCCUACCCUGUCCUACUGGGACACCAGGAUUUAAAAAUGGAACUACAAAUGGUGCAGCUUGGUAUCCUUUAACAG